AAAAGAAUUGCCGGAUACACACUACAGCCUGCUGAAGUACCUCUGCCACUUUCUAACGCAGGUGGUUCAACAUCAUGCAGAAAACAGAAUGAAUGUCUACAAUCUGGCUACAGUCUUUGGACCGAGCUGUUUUCAUGUGGCUCCCGGCUUUGAGGGCAUGAAGGAGCAGGAGAUAUGCAACAAGAUCAUGGCAGAGCUGUUAGAGGAUUAUGCUGAGAUCUUUGAAUGUGAGCACACAGAGAAGGAUGGGUUAUGUGAAGACAUUGCCAGGAUUAUUACGGUAAAAGAAUACAAUUCAGAGGAACUUUUUGUCCCACCCAGAUUGGUUAAAAUUGAAGCUCCUUCUGUAUCCCCAAGAUCAAAGGGAUGUGCACUGGAAGAGCCAAUGAAGACAAGUAAUGUUGAAUUAGAAUUAUCUACCCCAUCGCCAAGACUAAAGGACACUAUGUCUGCUGUGCCACUCAGACCAGGAAGCAAUGCAGAAGUUUCUGGCUUAUCGAGGAAGGUCUGCAUCCCCAAGGCUGACAAACCUCUUCAGGGUUUUGAGGUGCUGAAACCAAAACAUUGUGAUGGAGUCCCCCAGUCCAGCUUCUUGGUAGUUGGGAGAACGGCCUCUCCUGAUAGCAUGGACCCAGUGGAUCACUUGUCCGUGUUUACCAGCAGCACAGACUCCCUUCACAGCUCUCAGGAAGAUGAACGACCUAUGUCCCCUUUCUUCAUGAGUGGUCACGUGGCCCAAGUCAACACUGUCCCCGCUGGUAGAGAACUUUUGGAGAGGACAAUCAGAAGCGCUGUCGAGCAACAUCUAUUUGAUGUACUUGGCCCUGGAAGUCAAAGUUCAGAGGAAUCUGAGUCUGGAACAUCCUCACCUUCCACUAGCUUGUCUGCAAGACAAAGGAGAAGACAUCUGAAAGAACACGAUGAGAGCCGGAAAAAACCCAGAGACAUGGAAAUGAUUAACAAAGAAAAUAUCCCUUCUGGGUGCGGAAGCCUAGAAGAUUGUGGUGUGAUACCAGAAGUGGAGAAGCUUCAGGAGAACUGUUCUGGAUACAUAGAGGAGAGGAGCAAACCAAAGAGACAGAAGUCCAGCAGCAAGCUUUCUGAGCUCAAUGACAAUCAGGACAGCACAGUAAGUACGGAAAGCUUUGUCACCUCCAGAAGUGUAGACAGGCAGGAGUUCAGCAACAUGGAAGUAUUGUCAGAAACAAGCAAAGAGAAUGAACAUGGCCGAGAGUGUUUGCGAUUACCUCCGACUGUGAAAAUGAAGAUUCAGGAGCAACAGAAUAACUCUGAAAUAAGACCACAAAGAAGCCUUGAGGUAGACGUUGGUCAGGAAGGCUUUGUCCCAGAGGUACCUCGCCUGGACCUCACCUCUCUUUGUGAUGACAGAAGCUGGGAAGAACCAGCUCCAGUCCUGGCCUCGUGGGAUCGUGAUGGAGCAGACUCGGAUGAAGCUCGUCUGUCUCCUCAGGCAGGCCGUCUUAUUCGUCAUCUCCUGGAAGCAGACAGUGAUCCCAUGCUCUCUCCUCGAUUUUAUGCUUAUGGGCAUAGCCAGCAAUACCUGGAUGACACGGAGGUGCCCCCAUCUCCUCCUAACUCACAUUCCUUCAUGAGUCGGAGGCGCAGUUCCUCCCUGGGGUCUCAUGAGGAGGACAGAGAUGAGGACCUGACUCCUGCUCAGAUCACACGCAAGAUACAGAGCCUCAAGAAAAAAAUUCGCAAGUUUGAGGACAAAUUUGAGCAAGAUCGGAAAUACAGAGUAAGGGCUUUUCCAUCCAUCAGACCUUCCCACCGAGACAAAGCCACAAACCCUGAGGUUCUGAAAUGGAUGAACGAGCUGACCAAGUUCCGGAAACAGCUUAAAGAGUCAAAAAUCAAGAUAUCUGAAGAAGACCUGGUUCCUCAGAUGAGGCAGAGAAGUAAUACACUGCCGAAAAGUUUUGGUUCCCAGCUUGAGAGGGAGGAAGACCGGAAACAGGAAGUGGAGAAAGUUGCCAAGCCCUCUAUAGAAGUCACAAUGGAAACCAUCCAAAAGAAACUACAGGACAAGAGAGCAGAGGUCAACCGGCCGGAGGAUAUUAAGGAUAUGACCAGAGAUCAGAUUGCUGCAGAGAAAGUAUCGCUUCAAAAAGCUUUGCUUUACUAUGAAAGUGUUCAUGGCAGACCGAUAACAAAGAAUGAGAGACAUGUGAUGAAACCAUUUUAUGACCGGUACAGACUGUUCAAGCAGAUCCUCUAUCGAGCAAACACCAUACCCGUCAUUGGAUCCCCCUCGAGCAAGCGGAGAAGCCCUUUGCUGCAGCCAAUAAUCGAGGGUGAAACAGCAUCCUUCUUCAAGGAGGAAGAAGAAGAAGGGUCAGAAGAUGACAGCACCGUGAACACUGAUUUUGCUGUAACAAUGAAACCAGAUUUCACUGUACGAAGUUUCUUGGAUCAACUCGAGGAUGAAGCAGAUGGCUUUGUAUCUCCAGUAGAUGACAACACUCCAUCAAAGAGUAGCCAAGACCUUGGGCUUGGCAAUCUCCAUUCUGCAUCUGUGCCGGAACUCCUAGAACAGCUUCAGGAAGCAAGGGAGGAGAAAAAGAGGAGCAGGAAAAAGCUUCGAGAUUAUGAAGACAAUUUUUUUAGACAAAAUGGAAGAACUGUUCAAAAAGAAGACAGAGGUCCUAUGGCAGAAGAAUACAGUGACUAUAAGCACAUAAAAGCUAAGCUACGGCUGCUGGAGGUCCUAAUCAGUAAACGAGGCUCUUCACAGACGAUGUAAUGAGACUUCCUUUGAUGAAGAACAGCUUUUAUCCCAAAACUACUUCUACUGAGAAUGAGCAGAAUGCCGUGAGGAGCGGCGUAUACGGAGUAUGCCUCACUUGGCCCGUAAGCCAUUGCUCUAGUAAAAGAAAAUGGACAAUUUCUAAAUUGCACAUGGUGGCUUUAUAGUCAACAGCAACUUUUAUUUUGCUUGAUUGAAGCAAACAAGAACAGGAAUCUUCUUGCUCUAGUUCCGGUACACUCCAAGUUAAAGGUACGAAAAAGUGUGGAUAACUGGAGUCAUAAGAAAUGAUCCAAAAUGAAAGAGGGGAGGUACAGUAUGGGCCCUCCUUUUUUAUCCUACUUACUACGUUGUCAUGAACCAGAACUGCACACCUGCUUUGGUCAGUGGGCUCCCCAGAGUGAUUACAUACUGAUUCAAUAUUGCUUCUCUACUCACUACAAAGGACAUGAACUGGGGAUGCUCUUGUCUACCAUCUGAUUCUGUAAAACAUGCGGGCAUGCGUUCCAAGUAGUCAUACUGAAAAACAUAUCCAGGACAACUGAUUACCUCAUUUCAACACUACUUGGUUACUCAUCAAAGACACUUGUCAAUCAUAUGUGACAUCCGGAUGAGCAACCUUGGUACCAUAUCUUCAAGUUGCAAAAGGAGCAAGCCAGGAAGCUUGAGCAAUCUGAAAUAUAUUACAACAAACUGUUUCUGAUUAACCAGCCCAUGCAAAUUGUGUUGGUGUCUGAUGGACAGUUUUUACUGAAUGAUUUUUUUUUCUCCCAUUAGCAAUCAUAUCUGUUAAUGGAUGAUAUGAUUCAGUUAUUUGUCUUUGGGGUUACAAGUGUACAAGAUCUAUCCCCUUCCCCUUUUCUGCAGCAUGCACUUUCUUCUUUAUAAAUAUGACUGUAAUUUAUAAUGCUACCAAUAUCUCCAGUACAACUACAUGUUUUAACCAAACUUCUGUGGUUUUUCAAUAUAUACUGAUGUGGCUUUAUUUCCCUGUCCCAUUGCAUUUCAUGUUGUUCUACCAAACCCCCAUGGCUCAUUUUUCCCAGUGGUGAUAAGAGAAUAGUGUUCCUGUAGUUUCUCUCCUGAGUCACCCUCGCUGUGUAGGGGUAUAUAGAUCGCUAGGACACGUUCAGUCCAGCAGUGUCACACAGAUCUGUAUUUUACCAGUCCUACCAUCCUUCAUUGGAACACUGUGGACUACAGUAUAUUUACCAAAAAGGCCGCUCCAUAAGAGGCUUUAAUAGCUUAUAGUACACACAUAAGAAUGGCUACAACUUGUAUUCUGUUUGUACGUAUGGCAAAGCUUAUAUGUGUCUGUUCAAUGUUGCAGUGUAACUCAUGUUGUGUAAAACAAAUCAUUAUACAGUAGAGAGGAGAGUUAUAUGAAUGUUUAUUUCUACAUUUCAUGUGUUUUAUUUUACAUUGUACCAUUAUUGGGGGCUGAUCGAUGCGGUUGUCUGCUUUCUCCUGGACCUGAAUGGUUUUAGUGGGUAGGGACAAGCGGAGUUGAAAAACUCCAUGCCUUCCCCCAUGUUCCAUUAACUUUUCUUCAGUAAAUAUUCAGACUAUUUUUCUGAGGGUUUUUUUCUUCUCUUAUCGUAAAAGUGGACAAAAUCCUGUGACACUUUUAAAUAAGUAAUUAAUAAAUCCAGUUGGAGUUCA